CCGGAUACCAACGUAAUUAAUCCUUAAUUAGAAAGAUGCCUGGGCUUACCAUCGGCGACCCCCUCCCCAAUCUCGAAGUGGAAACCACCCAUGGCCCCAUCAAACUCCACGACUACGUCGCCGACUCUUUCACCAUCAUCUUCUCUCAUCCAGGCGACUUCACUCCCGUGUGCACGACGGAGCUCGGAGCGAUGGCCGCCUAUGCCGACAAAUUCUCAAAGCUCGGCGUGAAGCUGCUGGGGCUCUCUGCCGAUGACGUCGAGUCCCAUAACGCUUGGAUCAAGGACAUCGAGGCCUACUGCAACGGCUGCAAGGUGACCUACCCCAUCGCCGCCGACCCCCACCGGAAAAUCAUCAAGGAGCUCAACAUGGUCGACCCGGACGAGAAGGAUUCCUCAGGCAACCAAGUCCCCUCUCGCGCCCUGCACAUCAUCGGCCCCGACAAGAGGGUGAAGUUGAGCUUUCUUUACCCGGCGAGCACGGGGCGGAACAUGGAUGAAGUGGUGAGGGUGGUGGAGUCCCUGCAGAGGGCCGCCAAGCACAAGAUUGCUACUCCGGCGAACUGGAAGGCCGGGGAUGCUGUCGUGAUAUCGCCCGGUGUGUCCACCGAGCAGGCCAAGGAGAUGUUUCCGCAAGGGUAUAAAACCGCCCAUCUCCCUUCUAACAAGCCCUACUUGAGGUUCACCAAUGUCGAUUGAUGUCGUCCAUCUCAACAAUGCAAUGUCGAUGUGUAUCUCAAUCUCCAUAUAUAACUACUACAUAUUACUCUUAAUUUUGGAAUGUCACUACUAACUAAGUUGAUAUGUUUUUUCCCUUGUUAAAAUUCUAUGUAUAUGCAACUAGCUAUUAAUGUUUCGUUA